AUGGCUAGUUGGGAUGAGAAACUUCUUACAGCUGCAGCGGAGGGGAAUAUAAAAGAGGUAGAAUUAUGUGUAAAGAACAGAGCUAACUUGGAAUGUAGAGAUUCUGAUGGAUGGACACCAUUAAUGUUGGCCGCUGAUAAAGGACACCUGGAGGUGGUGACUUACCUGGUCACUCACGGCAGUCAGUUAGAGGCCACAUACGGGGAUGGAUGGACACCAUUAAUGUGGGCGGCUUGGAGAGGACACCUGGAGGUGGUGACUUACCUGGUCACUCACGGCAGUCAGUUAGACGCUACAGACCUCGUGUAUGGACGGACACCAUUAAUGUUGGCGGCUCUGAGAGGACACCUGGAGGUGGUGACUUACCUGGUCACUCACGGUAGUCAGUUAGACGCUACAGACCUGUUGGGACAAACAGCUUUACAUCUUGCUGCUCAGUUUGGACAGAUUGAUGUAACAAAAUGUUUAAUAGAUCAAGGAUGCAGUCCUUGGGUGAAAUCAAAACAGGGUAAGACUCCUUAUGAUCUGGUAAAAAUAGGAUACUAUGAUGAUGAAGAGGAAAAAAAGAAGAAGGAAGAAGUGAUGGACUUCCUUAAGACUGUCAUGUCAAAGACAUCCCCCGAAGUGACUCCUGACACCUAUUUACAGGAACCUGCAGCACCAGUAGUUGAAGAUUCCAUCGGAAAAAGGCAACAGUCUGCCAUGUUAAAUCGUUUAUUAGGGAAGGGCAGCUAUGAAUCUUUUGAUAUGAGAUGCAUGGUAACUGGCCAAUUUUCUGUUGGGAAGUCGACUCUUGUUAAGCUGUUAGCUGGAGAAAUUAUACCUGAUGGUCGACACCCGACAGAUGGGAUUUCUCUGGUAGAAGGUCGCUGUGGCCUAGAUAUUCUUACAAAAGAGUGGAUUGUUGUUGAUCAAGACUCUUACAAUGCCCUGGAUGUUGUGUACCAUAAGGUUUUAAUGACCUCUCUGGAAGAAGAGGAGGAGAGUGAACUUACCAACAAAGCUUCAGAUACAAGCCCAACUGUUAUGCCAAAGCUGCACUUUCCUCUUUGCCCUCAGAACAGUCUGCAGCAGCACAAUCUCUACCAUCUACGAAAUCCUCCAAUGUGCCUCACACGGUAAAACAGAUGGAAAAGAAAAUGAGAACAAGAAUGACUAAAGAAGAAAUAAGAAAGAAAAUGGAAAAGGUCCUCAAAAGUGGGAAGUAUAAGAUGAAAGUUGGACGUCUUAUCUUCUGGGAUUUUGGUGGACAAUAUGUUUAUCUAACAACACAUCAGACCUUCAUGACAUU